GCGCUUUACGGCUGCCGUGCUUCCUGUCUCCGCCAGCAUGGAGGCGGAGGGGUUGGAGGAGGAAGAUGCGGAGCAGGAGCCUCUGGAAGGGACAGAUGGGAAACCAGAGGCGGAGCAGGAGGAAUCCGAAGAGGCGGUCUGUGGCGCCAAGAAGCGGGUGGUGCCGGGUAUUGUGUACUUGGGCCACCUCCCGCCCCGCUUUCGGCCUCUGCAUGUACGGAACCUUCUCAGCGCGUAUGGCGAGGUCGGGCGCGUUUUUUUCCAGCCCGAGGACGGGUUCGUGAGGCGCAAGAAGAAGGCAGCGGCAGCCUCGGCCGCGGGAGGCAAAAAGCGGUCCAAGUACAGCAAGGACUACACCGAGGGCUGGGUGGAGUUCCGGGACAAGCGAGUAGCCAAGCGCGUGGCGGCCAGUCUUCACAACACGCCCAUGGGAGCCCGAAAGCGCAGCCCCUUCCGUUACGACCUGUGGAACCUCAAGUACCUGCACCGUUUCACGUGGUCCCACCUCAGUGAACAUCUUGCCUUUGAGCGCCAGGUGCGCAGGCAGCGCCUGAGGGCCGAGGUUGCCCAGGCCAAGCGUGAGACUGACUUCUAUCUUCGAAGUGUGGAACGGGGACAGCGCUUCCUUGCCUCUGAGGGGGACUCUGCCCGCCCGAAUGGCACCUGGACCUUUGCCCAGCGUCCUACUGAGCAAGAGCUGAGAGCCCGGAAGGCGGCUCGGCCAGGGGGACGUGAACGGGCUCGCCUGGCCAAUGUCCAGGACCAGGCUCGCUCCAACCGAGGGCUGCUUGCCAAGAUCUUUGGAGCUCCACCGCCUUCAGAGAGCAUGGAGGAACCCUGACUAGUCAGGGACUCUUGAAGGGCAGAGAGACCCUUCCAUCUCCUAGCCCUGCUUCCUGUCUAGCUGAUAAUGACUACUGAUAAUGAUUAUAUUAUCUUUCUAAGACCAGGAGUCUCUGGUGGGUGCUUAGACAUAGAUGUCUUGUGGGCCUCUGGUCCCCCCUCCAACUCCUGUUGCCUGGCUGAGGCACCUAAUUCAUACUAGCAAGAGUAUGACUGCUGCAGGUGGCUGUCUUCUUUGAGUCUUGGCUGUCCGCCUCCUGCCCAGUGGGAUCCUCGAAAAAUCCCACUUUCUGGACCCAGGAAGAGCCUUUACUUCAAGCUAGAGUGAUAAUGUCGAGUCCAGGCAGCGGUUUUCCCAAGUGUGGGUGCAGGGCAGCAGCAACAUCCUUCUUAUUUAGAAAAGGUUAACAGAGUCAGGGGUUCAUGGGGUGGGACUGGGUUGGGCGCCACCUUAAUGUAUGUAUAGAAAAGAAAAAAUGGGGCACCUGGGUGGCACAGCGGUUAAGCGUCUGCCUUCGGCUCAGGGCGUGAUCCCGGCGUUCUGGGAUCGACCCACAUCAGGCUCCUCUGCUGGGAGCCUGCUUC